GCAAGCUAGCCAUUAGGGAGCUAGCUGGCGGUUAGCCGUAGUAGUACCCCUCGGCUCGUUCAAUCAUAUUUGUGUUGAUUCCGCAGCAACGUUAAAUGUCUCCGGUGUCGCUGAGCUAUUGGUGAUAAAUGUCUACAGCGUGAGAUAGCGAGGGUGGAGGUUUCAAAGGCCGUGUUUUUGUGGUUGAGUUGACUCUGCAGGAGAAGAUGUGCAAUGGAAUGAUAGAGUCACUAUCCAAUGCCUGUUGGGCCCAUACCUCAGCCACUAAACGGACCGUGUUGUUGCUGCUGGUACUGACUGUAGUGUCCACUGGGCAAUGGUCAGGAUGCGUGAGGCCAUAUAUGGUCCAGAACAGCUGGGUAAACCUCACAGAAACCAACAGGGGCUCCUUCCCUGUGGGCACAGUACUGCAGUACAGCUGUGACCCUGGUUACCUGCCAGACGGACCCAGCAUCCUCACCUGCUCCGCACUGGGACGUUGGUCCUCUGAACCUCCUCACUGCAUACGCAGUGGUGCAUGUCUACCCCUCUCCAAACCUGAGAAUGGGGGCUACACCUGCCAUCCAUCCCCCUGUCGAAUGUUUUCUCAUGGCACUGUGAUUGAGUUCUUCUGUGAUGAGGGCUUCGUUGUCAGUGGAGACUACAACUACCUGACCUGCCAGGAUGGACAGUGGGAUGGCCCCAUGCAGAUCAGUUGCGUGAGCCAAGGUUGUAUAAGACCCUCUACUGUGCAGCAUGGCUCAACUAAUCUGACAGACACCAACAGGAGUUUGUUCCCUGUGGGCACGGUACUGCAGUACAGCUGUGACCCUGGUUACCUGCCUGCUGGACCCAGCAUCCUCACCUGCACCACACUGGGACACUGGUCCUCUGAACCUCCUCGCUGUAUACGCAGUGAUGGUUGUAUAAGACCCUUUACGGUGCAGCAUGGAUCAACUAAUCUGACAGAAACCAACAGGAGCUCGUUUCCUGUGGGCACAGUACUGGAGUACAGCUGUGACCCUGGUUACCUGCCAGACGGACCUAGCAUCCUCACCUGCUCCGCACUCGGACACUGGUCCUCUGAACCCCCUCGCUGUAUACGCAGUGAUGUAUGCCAAUCUCCUUAUCAGCCAGAGAACGGUGGCUACACUUGCCACCCUUCCACAUGCGGACGGCUUUCUCACGGCACUGUGAUUGAAUAUUUCUGUGAUGAAGGCUAUAUUCUGAAGGGAGAUUAUAAAUACCUUACCUGCCAGUACGGGGAGUGGGACAGCCAAGUGAAGGUCAGCUGCCUCAUGGAGCAAGACCACAAUCCAACUCUACCGUUGGGGAUGCCUGCCUUGUCCAUAGUGGCAUCCACAGCCAGCUCAGUGGCCCUGAUCCUGCUCCUGGUGGUGCUGUUUGUACUUCUGCAGCCAAAACUCAAGUCCCUCCAUCGACGCGAUCAGGGUGUGUCCGGCCAGCCCGUGUCUAUCAUGGUGGAAGGAGUCCAGGUGACUCUGCCUUCAUACGAGGAAGCUGUGAACAGUAAUGGAGCCUCAGCCUCAGCCGAGUCUCGAGUCCAGAUAGUGCUGUCUGAGGGUCAGCAUGCCACAACGCCAGAGGCUGGCCCCUCUAGGCCUUCUUCCGUCAAGCAGCAGCAGUCAGAGAUGGCUGUGGUCCACCCUGUACCACCGUCCUCAUCCUCCUCGUCACCCUCACCCUCAUCCUCUGCCUGGGUUCUGGAGCAUGCAGGUGCUGCAGCUCCUUCAUCCUCACAAAGACGGCCGUCUGCAGGCAGCGACCAACACAGCCUGUCUCUGGACUCUGAGAUGGACUACUCUGAUGAUAUGCCACUGCUGAAGGAGGCCUGAAAAAUGCUGCAGCCUUUGGACUUUUGGACCCGAGACAACCAGCAUUGCUACUGAUCUGUACUGGUGAGCUGGGAUGCCUCCUUGAGAGUUUGUCAACACAGCUGUCCACACAGACAAGCUCAACUAAAGAGGCUCUGAGUGAAGCUGUGGGUCACUCAGAAUAGUUCCUCUGACCAUCCCAAAGGAGAACAGAGAAGGGAUGCACAUGUACAUACAUGCUUACAUUUUUUUAUAGGAAUCCCUACACUAUGUAUGUAGGUCUAAUGUCCGAAGCUCAGUUUGAAAAUGUAGAAGAAAAACAGAUGGGAACAGGCACCUCCUGAAGGAGUGUGUCUUAAAGGCUGUUGAAAAAAAAAUGACUGAUGUAUUUCAGUUGAAUGGGCAAAGCUGCAAAUUCACUUUGGGAGCUAAUAAUCUCAUCAGUGACUUGUUUACUGUUUUUUUUUUUCUUUAACCACAUAUCACCCCAUUUCAGACAUAUUGGCAAAGAUGCAUGAAGGCCAGGUAAUCUAGAGAAGAAGCCAUGCAAACUUCCAACAUUGUCUUCAAAUAGUUUUGUGAUUCAAAAUCAUUAUUUAAGGUGUUUAUUAAUCAUGACUCAUGUCAUUCUACGUGUCACUGUACAGUUUCAGGCUGCUUGCCUACCCAAGGGUUCACACUACUGCAUUUUUCAUUGGAUUGAGGGCAAACAUUUUGCAAAGAGUUCAUGUAUUCUCUUCAUUAUCAUACCUUGCCCUCAAUGGCCUUAGCUUUCCACUUCUAUGCACAGGUAUCUAUAAUAUGUAAAAUAAGGAAUUUAAAAAAUGAAUGUCAGUUAAAUGCCUCCACUGCUUAGUGAUAUUAUGUGUGGCUUUGUCAGACACAUCACUUGUACACCGGAAAAUAUUAUUCUCUUUAUUUAUGCAGGCUGCUUGGGUUCCUGUUUUAAGUCUUAACGGGAAACUAAAGUGUGUAUUUAAUUUAUUUUUGUCUAGAACGCUGUUGAUCAGCCAUGGCUUCUUUUGAUGCUUCCACAGCUCUUGGAAACAAAAACUAGGUCUUUUCACUUUGCCGCUUCAGUUUUAAUUCGACUGCAGGCACGUUAUAUGUGACACUGUAAAUGUGGUUGGGAAGAUCCAACACAAAAAUGGAAGUAAGUGUACAGAUUAGUGUAAUGUCAGUUUUCACUUUGUUUGACUGUCCAUUGAAUUUUCUGUUGGACUGAGGAAUUGAUAUUUUUUUUGUGAAGAUGGUAUUUUAAUAUAUGUAAAAAGUUUUAAGUUAACUGUAUAUACCAUACGACCAUUUUGAUUAAAUAUUAUUUGAGGUGUUCAAA